AUGAGAUUCGGGAAGAAGGGAAAGCUUAGACAUAGAUAUAUCGGACCUUAUCGAAUCAUUCGACGAGUAGGUCAGGUGGCUUAUGAAUUGGAAUUACCUCCAGAGUUAGAAUUCGUUCAUCCAGUUUUCCAUAUCUCCAUGUUGAGGAAGUGCAUUAGAGACCCCUCUAGAGUCAUACCAGUAGAUGGCGUGCAGGUGACGGAAGAAUUAUCAUAUGAGAAAAUUCUAGUUGCUAUCCUAGAUCGGCAGGUUCGUAAAUCGAGAAAGAAAAAGGUAGCAUCCGUGAAGGUGUUAUGUCAUAAUAAGAACGUUGAAGAAUUUACAUGGGAAGUAGAAGAGGCAAUAAUGUCAAAGUACCCACACCUAUUCCUAACCAGAGAUGACGAUCAAGGAGAAAGAGAUGGCCUAAGACAGGACCUUCAUGCCUGA